CUUUCAUGUGACAACACUGAAAACUGACACUCUGCUACAAUGUAACAUAGUAAGUGUACAGCCUGUAUAACAGCGUACCGUAAAAAACAAACCAAACCCUCUUCCUUUGCCAUUGACUAAAUCUCCUUUCUUCCAGUCUAAAUGGAUCUAGCUCUUUGAGCUCUGUGGGUGCCAUACCCCGGGGCGGAGCGCGCUCUAUGGACAGCAUGGGAUGAAUGAGGACUGUUUGCGCAGUGACAUUUCUUGCCAGAAACAAAGAUGGCCGCCGCCGCCUCGCCGUGACCCCGCCCCCUCUCGCUCCCCAUCUCCCAUCCUGCAGGAGACAGCCCUCACUUGUCAGCAGCCCGGUCCCCUGUUUACUGCCGCAGUCGGAGCCUGCCCGCAGUGGUUAUAGUGUCAUGGCGGCCCCGCUCGCCCAGUUUGAUGAGGACUGGCAGGACUUUUACGAGUUCAGAGCCCCGGCCGCCUCCUCCUCCUCCACCGGGGACAAGAACCGGCUGGACAAGGUGAACUCCAACACUGCGGGCUGUGCGGGCUGUGCGGGCGGGGGGCCCCUGGAGGAGCUGGCCGAGCUGGAUAACGGCUUCUCGGUGGACAUCAUGGAGGGCUUCCAGUCCAUGGAGGAUCUGGUCAAUGACUUCGACGACAAGCUCACUGCCUGCUUCCGCAACUACAGCGCCGACACCGGCAACAUCGCCCCGGUCCGGCCCAUCACCGAGGACGGCAUCAUGAAGGACGACGAGUGAGUAUCCCGGCACCGGCUGGGGGAAUGGCAUCCUGUCACUCACUGCGGGUCACCGGGUGGGGAGGGGGGGGCUGCUACCAUGGCUGGGGGCUGGCUGGGCAUACUGGGGGCUGGCUGGCUAUACUGGGGGCUGGCUGGGCAUACUGGGGGGCUGGCUGGGCAUUGUAUGUGGGGGUGGGGGCUGCUACCAUGGCUGGGGCUGGCUGGGCAUACUGGGGGCUGCUACCACAUGGCUGGGGGCUGGCUGAGCAUACUGGGGGGGGGAGGGGAGGGCUGGCUGGGCAUACUGGGGAUAUACUGAGCUAGUGUUUGUGUGUGUGUGUGUAUAUAAUGUUAGGGCCACAGAUAUAUAGUAUGUGUAUGCAGUGUGUGUACAGUGUGAGUGCCACCACUAGUUUGUGUGUGUGUGUACAGUGUGAGUGCCACCACUAGUUUGUGUGUGUGUGUACAGUGUGAGUAGUUUGUGUGUGUGCGUGUGUGCGUGUGUGAGUGCCACCACUAGUGCGUGUGUACUUAGUAUGUGAGGAUUACACUGCUAGUGCCACACCUGCUGUGUGUGAGUUUACACAACUAGUGUGUGCAAGCACUUGGCCAAAGUAUCCACAAUUUAUUUUGAAUGGAGUGUGUUUAGUGAGUACACAACUCUGUUUCUUAGGGUCUGUGUGUAUACAGUACUUUUGUGUGUACACAUCUAGUUUUAAUGGUGAGUGUCCCAAACCUAAAGCUAGUGGUUGUGCAUAACGUGUUGACACAGUGUCACAGCUAGCGUGUACACUGAGCUACAGUGUACACAACUCAUAUUUACAAUUUCCCACAAACUGUAUAUUUACAGUGUCACUGUGUGUAUACACUCAUUGACACUGUUUCACAAGUAGUUUAUGUACGUGACUAGUGGUGUGCACUCAUUUCGUAUGUAAUUGCCGAUAUUGUGGCUUCAGAGAAAUUUUUUUUUUUUAAUUUCUAUUUGGAAUUUAUUUGUUAAUCUAGGCUGUUAAACACAAGUAGUGUGUGUGUGUGUGUGAUAAGUAUUGCUAUAACAAAGGAGUGUAUAUAAGGUGUUCUGUACAGCUCAACAUUUUCACUUGCAUUUGAUGAGUAAAAAUGUUGCUGUGGCAAGAAGAAAUUCACCAUUAGGCUGGCAGUGUUGAGUAAUUUUAAAGCCUUUAUGGUAGUUUAGUACUUAACAUUUUAAGCCCUGCUCUUCAAUAUAUUCAAUAAAGAAUAUUCACAGACUUAUUUAAACUGUAUACUAUUUCUUAUUCAAGGAUUUUUUUUAUUUUAUUUUAACCAGCCACAUUCAAAUAGUCUCAUUGGAACAUUUCCCUCACACAAUGCAUUAUCUAAUAUGUUCAAUUUGUAAAUGGCAAAUGGCAGUGCCAGAAUGUAAAUCGGCAGGUAAUUGCUGAUGUAAUUAGUAUUGAGAGCCAGGGUAAUUUCCUUAUUUCCGUUUAAACUAGUGUGUGUAGAUUUCUAUGCUAAUUUAUUGUUACCAUGCUUCUUUUAGGUAAUGUGUGUAGAAACUGUAUUCAUGUAAAACUCUAUGCUAGUUUAACUAUUUCCUUCCGGUGACUGAUUUGCGGCUGUGGGGUGCCUCGUGGUUCUGUUGUACCUCUGUCUUUGAGUGGGUUAAAACAUUAACAACUAAAGAUCAGAGUAGAGCAUUGUAUGGCAUUUUCUCUUCUAACAAUGGAAACAAAUUCCUGAAGUUUGAUUAUUCGGUAGAGUGAUAAUAGGAUUUCUGUGACAGUAAUUGCUAUUGAGUGAUGACACAGAAUAUCAAUCCAUGGUGGUCUCCUACAACAAGCCUAGCUGUCUAAGCAGCACAGUAAUAAGUUGCAUUAAUGUCUAGAAUAUUAAGGUGGUGGGUUUUUUGGUUUUGUUUUUUUCUCUGAAAGAAAACAUUGCCUGUAUCGUUUAAUUGUAAUUUAGCCGAGACACACUCGUCACUGCAACCCACUUCUUCUCAAGUGAAGUCAACUAGACUAAUAAAUAUGUCAAAUCAGAAGCAUGCAAUACAUGGCAUUUGUACAGCAAUCAGUGCAGUCUGACAAAGUAUGGUGGAGGAGGCCUGGCACCUACAGGGUUAAAGGAAUGAUUCAAAAGUUAAAACAGAGUUAAAAAAUUUUAAUAUUGGAGUGUUCCUUUAAACGUGUGACAAGACUAUCUGCAUUGAUGUGUGCUUAUAGAUCAAACCAAAAUACAGAUAUAUUGUGUGUGUGUGUGUGUGUUUGCUUAACUCGUGUUACAUUUGUGAGAUAUAUGUAUUUAAUAAAAUUUUUCUUCUGUUUUUACUCCCCUUUUUUUUUUUUUUUCAAUGCUCAUUAUAGUAUUAGGAUGUGUGUGCAUAGAUGGUUUUGUCCAAUGUGUAAAAAAUAAUAUAACUAAUGGACGGGCGGCUAAGGACUAGGCUGUAUAAGUCCCAAUUCUUCUACUAGAAUAAUGUUUGCAGGGCAGACUUAGAUCUGACAGGUAGAAGGGAAUUUGGAAAGUGGAUAUUCAUCGAGAAUGCAAUUGAAAGGGUGCACAGAUGUGGUAGAUGAUAUACUUGAAUGGGAUGUAAAUUUAUAUGGGCUAAUGGGAUAAGCCUUACUAAUGUGUAGAAUGAGGAGGUAACUAAUAGGGAAGGGGGCUCGUUGUUGGGAGCAAUAGGACUGAGCGUGAUGAAAAGUGGAUUUGUGGAGGGUAAAUAAAUGAUAUUAAAAUUGCUAUGUUGUUGGUGUAGCAAACACCCUGAUAUUUGGAAUAUCAGGGUGUUAAAGAAUGAAUAUUGAGAGAAAUAAAGUAUGAACUGGCAUGGAGCCAAAUGUUGAGUUGGGUUGGCCUUAGGGGAAAAAAGUGAACGAUUCCCAUAAAACUAGAUAGUCUAAAGGUGGUCUGGUUUGCAGCAACAUGUUAUAUUCAGUAGCUUGACCUACAGUUAAUAAAAGGUGAUGAGGCAUUAAAUCCUGAACCUUAUACUGACUGUGACAGAUUCCCUGUCCCUGAAUUAAAAAGCUUUCUGUUCCAUUCGCCUGUCUGUUCAGUAGAUUGCAUUCCCCUCCUAUUCGAACACUGUCCCAUUCGACUACCGAACAACCAGGGACCACCCGGCAGAUUGUUAACACCUAUUAGCACCUUGGAACGGUUCUCACCGCAGUGUUCUAAUUGUUCGUCUGGGUGGCUUAAAUUCCUAUGGACAACCACAAGGUGGCGGAAACUCCCGAAACACCGCUGGACUUCUAUCAUCGCCUGCAUUCGGUUCUAUACCAUUUAGAAGGGCACUGUUCAGUAGAACCGUUCGUCUGGAUGAGGGGAACAAGCUCCAGGGUAAGAAAAUUAACUAUGAUCGGUAAUUUGUUCGUUUUUAAACUACCGAACUAGACCGUCCGCAAGCCCUGAUUCUCUGGAACUGGUUUGGGCAUGGGACCAUGCGUGCGUCAGUCAAAUAAAUGACUUCAAGGAAAUUCCUGAACUGAUCUGGGUGAUUUUUGGAUAUGUUAGUCCCGAUCUGGGUGACCAUCAGGGGGUGUAACAAUUGUGAGGUUUUAUGUAUUUUGGGUUUUUUAUAAAAAUGUGUUUUUGUGUCUGGAGAUAAUUGAGUUAAGUACUUGACUCAAUUAUCUCCCAGGUACAGAGGAGGGAUUAACCUAUAUUGUGUGGGAGUGCCCUGGAUCUGAGAGCUAAUGUCAUUGUGUAUUUGUUUCUACUGAGGUUUACUCUCAGGUCCAAGGGGGAGUGACCCUUGCAUGGGAACUUGCACAAAAGGCCAGUUAUGGCUACCAUUAAAUGAGUUCCUGCUUACCCUCAACACAGAGACUUGUCUCGUGAUUGGGGGAACCGCAAUACCUACUAUAAUCCCUGCUCCUGGGAUUGUUCUUUGGAUUGCUAUAAUCACUAGCUCUUGUAAGGGCUACACUGCUAUAAUCUCUUGGAGGAGAGGCCUUCCCACUGGGAGCUGGAUCCAGGAGUUUGCUCCAGGGUGCGAAGGGAUGGCGAGAUCCCAGCCAAGCUGUGGCGGCUAAGGGGCUGCGGUGCUUGUGGUACUCUGCGGCAGGAAGCUGCGAUUGGCUGAGGUACACAGUCGGGGUAACAGACGGUCUGUUACACUGACAUUGUUAUAAAUCUUAUUUAUCUAGAGGCAAAGUUUACUCCUACAGUGUUACACAACUUUGAACCCACACACUCAAUCCUCCACUAAUAAACACAUUUGCUUCUUGUGAUUUUUAAAGGACACCACGGGUGAGAGUGUUAUUUGUAUAAAGAGUGCUUUCAAAAAAUAAAAAUGCAAAAAAACAAACUACCGUAUAUACUCGUGUAUAAGUCGAUCUCAUGUAUAAGUCGAGUGCAGUUUUGUGACCAACAAUUGUGAAAUAUGCUAUGCCUCGUGGAUAAGUCGAGGGUAAAAUGUGGGGCUAUGAAAUUCUGUGAUUUUUAUAAUUAUAUACACACACAUUCAUACAAACACACACUCUGCAUUAAACACACACACUUAUACAAACACACACUCUGCAUUAUAUAUAUACACACACACACACACACUCAUACAAACACACACUCUGCAUUAUACACACACACUCAUACAAACACACACUCUGCAUUAUACACACACUCUGCAUUAUACACACACUCUGCAUUAUACACACAAUCUGCAUUAUAUACACACACUCUGCAUUAUAUACACACACUCUGUGUAUAUAAUGCAGAGUGUGUAUAUAAUGCAGAGUGUUUGUCUGUGUAGUGUGUGUGAACUGGGUGGGGGGAGGGCAUUUUUAUUUAAAUAAUAUUUUUUUUUAUUAUUUUAAUUUUUUUUUGUCCCCCCUCCCUGCUUGUUAACUGGUCAGGGAGGGGGGCUAUCUUAAUCCCUGGUGGUCCAGUGGCAUGGGCUGCGAAGUGGGGGGGCCGGCAGGAAGCAUUUACUUACCUUUCCUGCAGCUCCUGUCAGCUCCCUUCUCCUCCGUUCCGGUCAGCUCCACUGUAAGUCUCGCGGUCUGGUUGCCGCGGGAUCGUUUCCAUGGCUCUGACGGCCGCGGCUCUCUAAGUUGCCAUAAUACAGACAGUGACUCGAGUAUAAGUCGAGUGGGGGUUUUUAAGCACAAAAAAUGUGCUGAAAAACUAGACUAAUACUCGAGUAUAUACUGUAAUUCUUGGGGUCUGGGGUUUCUCUAGAGUGCUCUGUCGAAACCUGAAAGAAGUGACUAAGCCAAUCAUGAUUCUCCCUUAACUUUUUUUGACUGUGCUGUGCUUAUCCCAUAAAUAUCAUAGCAGUGGCACAAUGUGGUUUUCUGGAAAUAAUAGUUCACUUGUUAGAUUUCUGCUAAAUAAAGUGAACAGCUGAACUACAGCUCCCUCAAUCCUUUGUUGUGCGACAUCUUUGAAUAAUACAUCUGUAUUAGUGGACCAAAAAAGGAAUGGGAGGAGCGGAAAGGGUGUGCUUAUGCAGCAAAACUAAUUUUUAUUAUUAAAAAAAACAAUUCAAGAAUUAUAUAAAAAAACAACCAUACUCUUACUGCUCAAGGAACAUUAUAGCAUUAGGAAUGCAAAUGUGCAUUCUUAAUGCUAUAGUGCCCUAGUUACCAUUCAUAUUACCAGAACCCCUUUGCAAAGGUUAAAAAAGAUGAGUUUACUUGCCUUUUCUCCCUUGUAGUGAAAUCGAUGUUCUCACCCAAUCCAAUGCUUUCCUAUUGGAAACCAUUGGGAUGCUAGUGCAAAUGCUUGGCAAUGUGCCAUGCUGUGCCAAUCAGAUGGUCUAAGACCAUCUGGUAAUAGUAGCAGAGUUUUAUUCAAUUUUGGUAGAAGAUCAUGCCCCUGCAGUCUCACUGCUCAAUUCUCUGCCAUUUAGGAUUUCAAUUAAAAAGUCUUUCUCCUGCUUUGUAAAUUGAGCUUUAAUCACACAAGAUGUUCCUACAGGGUCUAGCAAGCUAUUAACAGAGCAGGAGAUAAGAAAUUCUAAAUUAAGCAGAAUGUGCAAUAAAGUUCAAACAUUAGGUCUCUCUUUAUAGUAAAAACAGAAAAAGUGGGGGGAUGGGUCUGCGCCCAUGUGCACAAUAAAUAGUAUUAAGUCCAGUAGAAUCUAUAAAUAUCCAAACGCGUUUCGCCAAUAUGAGGCUUUAUCAAUGGAUAAUAAUGGUUUAUUAUCCAUUGAUAAAGCCUCAUAUUGGCGAAACGCGUUUGGAUAUUUAUUACUGUUUUAUAUACUGUCAAUAAUAAAGAUUUUGGUUAUUUUUAUGUUAAAACCAUCUUUUGUUUUUUAUUACCUGGCCUUUUAUAUAGCAUUUUUCCUUUCUUUUAAAUAAUACGUUUUAUCCAUUUUAUUAUUUUUUUAAUUUUUUAUUUUCUGGAUACUAUACUCCAAAGAAUCCUAGGUGGGGAUUAUACCACCCACGCUGUUACAUAGAGCAGUUAGCCUGCCCUAUAUAUUGUGAGUAUAUUUUAUUAUUUUAUUCAUUCACCUAAAUUUUAUUGAGAGCACUAUCGCUGUUUUAUCUUCUCUCCGAGCUCCUGAGGUCCAAGUCAAGAUCACUCACCUUAUAUCCCAUAAGCGGGGAUAAUACCGCUGUACGCUAAAUCAACUAGAGCUAGUUAAAGCUCUACCGAAUGUGAGUGUAUCUACUAUAUUUUAUAAUUUUUACCAUACAUGUGGAAUAUACUGCACCAUUAUUGUCUCUACUUUUAUAUUUCAACUUGGUUACCUGCCACCACAAAGAAGAGGACACUUGCCGCAUAUCCUGAAAGCGGGGAUAAUACCGCAGUAAGCCAUUCACACCAGAGCUGGGUUAAGCUCUGCCAAUUGUAAGUAAGAUCUCUUCUAUUUUUUACAUAUUUGGAUUAUUCUUCACACCAUCAAACAUCUCUUGGAUAUUACUGAAGUAGACCCUUGGAUGCGACAGAAUAGAUUCUACUGGACUUAAUAAUACUAUUUAUUGUGCACAUUGGCGCAGACCCAUCCCCCCACUUUUUCUGUUUUUACUAUCUGAUUCCCAGGGACAUUAGAGGGAUUCCCUGUUUGGGACUGCUGCCUUCUGGACUAGCGCUGACUCUACCCCUUGCUCUCUUUAUAGGAAGUGUUUAGGAAGGCUGUGCAUGUUAUUUGCAAGGAGGUGUGACUAGAAUGGAUUUAACUCAAAUAAUUGAGCAGUGAGACUCCAGAGGCAUGAUCUAUACACCAAAACUGCUUCAUGAAGCUGAAGUGGUUUUGGUGACUGUAGUGUCCUUUUUAGUUUAGAUGUAUUUCAGCAUUUCUUUUAAUAAAUAGUAUUUUCUUCUUCAGAAAGUAAUGGAGUGGUCAGACUGCUGAGCGUUGAGCAAAAUACCUCGGUUGUAAAUCUCUUGUCAUGUACUCUUGCAAAUUUCUUUUUACAGUGACCUUCCUGUGAUAACUGUUUGACAAUAUGCUCAUUUAUGGAAUGUAUGGCUUGUUUUAUGAUAGAAGGAAGCUUUAAAUCACAUGGUAUCGGAAAUGAUGCUGUAACUAUUUCUGGCACUGAAUAUAUUGUUGUUUUUUAUAAUUGUGUUUUAUUGUCUUAGGCUGCUUCUUUUGAAUUUGAUUAUUUAUUUUCUGGUUAAGCUUCUAUUAAAUGUUUGAUAAGAAGGCAUUGCUUAGGUCCUACGACUCAUAUUUUAAAAAUGCAAAGCCAAGUGAUAAUCUUGCAUCCUAAUUUAUUGAACAUUUUGUGUAAGGUAUCUAAGCUAGUUUAUAACAGUGGCAUCAUUAUAAGCCUUUAUAAAAGUCUGUUUUUUGUAUCAGUGUGAGUUUAUCUGUAAUUAUAAAAUCCUUUUUUAUGCAUUUCCAUCCACUGCUUGUUCUGUUCAGUACAUAUAUCCCCAAAGAAAAAUGUGCAUGUCAUUUAUUUGUGGGUAACAAAAACAUAGCUUACAAUAAUUGCAGAUCUAGUCACUGCAGCUAUUGAAGUGCUGACUUUCUGUUGAAAUUUUCACUUUUAUGAUUUAUUUAUUUUUAAAUUAAUUUUGGCUUUGUUUUUGGAGUGUUCCUUUUUAUAAACUUGUCUUACAAUGUAUCUUACAAUUUAUUCAGCCCUGUUAUGUUUAUUAACCAUUAGCUUAUUUGAGUAAUUUUUUUUUUUAUAGUUACUCUAAACACCAUAACAGAUCAUUCUAAUAAUUUUGAUGCAUAGAGAAUUUUCUGUGCAAUACCCCCCCUCCCCCCCAAAAAAGCUGUCUGCACUUAAAAAAAUAUUCCAUUAACUUCACUAUGAUGGAUGCUUACCAUUUAUUUGUUUUUCUUCCCCUGUCCUUCUACACAUCUACAUGUAUGAUGGGGAAAGAGGAACAUAUGUGUGAUACCUCUCCUCCUUUGUAGGAGGCACCCCCAGAGUAGUCAACUAUCCUACUGACUUUGUUUUCAGCAGUAGAAGACUACAAGGCCCCUUAAGUCACCAUGGCCACUUCAUCUCACUGAAGUGGUCUGGGUGCAGUUCUCCUGUCCUUUUAAUCUUGCAGUGUAAAACCUUUAUCUAGAAACUGCAAUGCUUAUGUUGUAGGGUUAAGUGCAUUUCUAGCCACUAGAGUGGGUUUAAAAAAAAAAAAAAAUAAUAAUUUUUUUAAUUUAUUUAUAAAAAAAAAAAAAAACUACUAAUAAAGGAAUAUUCCUCCAUAGCCACUAUCAUUGUUGACUAAUUUAUGCUCUGAGGCCAAGUGUAUCAUUUACUUCUUUUCAGGCCAUACUACUUGGUCUGGAUAAGGCUAAAUCAUUAGUUUUAAUAUCUGCAUAAUUCUGGCAGUACUUUAAUUGGUUGCAAUAAACUGCUGGCAAAGAGAUGUUUAGACAGGACGACUGAAAGGACCACAUGAUUCAUCAGUGAGGUGGAAAGAAUCGGCAGAGAAAAGCCACUGUUAGAAUUCUGGAAGCUUGCAAUGCCCUCAAGCUUAACCCGGCCAGUGCAUAUGAAGGGGAAACAUUCUGUAAUCGGGUCAAUUGAGGAUAAUGUUUCCUCAUUACUUUGUUCCAUCUGAAGUGAAAUAUUAUAAUCGUUAACAUCCUGGUAGCAUUUUAAUAGAAUUGUUAUGUAUCCUCUUUUUGUGUUUUCAAGUGUAUCUAGAAUUGCAUUGGAUACUGAAUAGAUUAUCUUCCAUAUGUUACUUGGAUGUUUAAGGUAAAUUUAGGGGUUGUUACAAAUUAUGGGAUACUAUUCAUUGCCUUGUUUUCUGGUCCGAUUAUUUCCCAGGAGUGUUACAUAAUACUCUGCCACAAUACCGUAUUUGAGUUCUGGUUCAACCCUUGAAUAAAUCUGUAGUUGUUUAGCAGUGUGUUUAUACUGUUUUUACGUUCACAGACUCAUUUGCUCAAGAGAGCACAGUCCCCUUCCUCAAAUAUUUUAUAUAUAUAUAUAUAUAUAUAUAUAUAUAUAUAUAUGUGUGUGUGUGUGUAUGGAGAAAAAAAGGUCUUGAGGAAGACCCUGUACGGUCGAAACGUCGGUUUAUUUAUUUAAUAAAUACCGACGGAUUUUCUGUAAAGACCUGAGAGUGCAUCUUUUUUUUUUUUUUUCUCCAUAUAUUCCAUAACGUGGGUUUGCACCAAGGCAUCAAGAUAUUUAUUUAAUGGGAGAUAGGGUGAGUACCAAGCUAUCGACUUUUGUCUGUGUGUGUGUAUAUAUAUGUAUGUAUAUGUGUGUGUAUGUAUGAGAUAGUAUUACAGUCUGCACAUUUUAAAGUAAUGUUUUCAUGACCUGUACACUGUAAGUGCAACUGUAGCCCCCUGCCAUUGGUUUAAAAACAGACUGUGGUCUUUCCUGCAUCACUCCUGGCACAGAACCAGGGAAGAGAAAAGAGCCUAUCUGUUUUAAAAUGUUGCUUUUUAUUUUUUUAUACUCCUUCACUUACAUCUAAAAAUGAAUAUAUAUUUUCUCAUACUUGAUGAAAUGAUUAUUACAUAAAAAAAUAUUGAGUUGACAGUGGUUGUUUAAAAGUUUUUUGUUUUUUUUAAAGUAUUUUUCAAUUGAUCUAAAACACAGGUUGCUUUCUAGAAACCUAUAUCUGAAUUUUUUUCCUCUCUCCCCAGAAUAUGGAAUGCUUUGACUGAUAACUAUGGCAACGUGAUGCCCGUUGACUGGAAAUCAUCUCACACUAGAGCGUUACACUUACCAACCCUAAACCUUUUGGACAAAGCGGUAAGUGCUAUAGAAUGUCAAGUGUAGUGUUGUUUAUUUUGGUUUUUCCUUUGUGUAAAUGAGUCAUUCCUUGCUUGAGUAUGUAACAUAUAUCAUGUAUGCGUUUACUUUGCGUGGGCUGGGGCCGCAACACAUGGCGGUGGGCACCGGGUCGCAGGGCUGCAACCCCUGUGACCGCGGUAUGUACGCCAGUGCAUGCAGAUACACAUACACCACUACAGACACCCAGAUCACAUCAGCUCAAUGAAGUGGUCUGGGUGCCAGGUCCCUCUAGUUUUAACCCUGCAGCUGAAAACAGAGCAGUUUCUGAGAAACUGCUAUGUUUCACUGAGGGUUAAUCCAGCCUCUAGUGGCUGUCUCAUUGACAGCCGCUAGAGGAGCUUCUGCGAUUCUCACUGUGAAAAUCAGUGAGAAGGCGCUGAACGUCCAUAAGAAAGCAUUGAGUAAUGCUUUCCUAUGGGCAGUUUGAAUGCGCGCGUGGCUCUUGCCACGCAUGCGCAUUCGGAGCUGAGGGGCGGAGAGAUCCGGCGCUGGAGAAAGGUAAGUGCUUAAGACACACACACACACACACACUCUCACUAACUGACAGACAUACACUCAGUGACAGACGCACACAAACUAACACACUUAGUAACAGACACAGUAACACACUCUAACACUAACACACACACACACACACACACACACACACACACGUGUUUUUUUUUAAUUUAUUUAAAUUUAAUCCCCCAGCCUCCUUACCUUUUGGAGAGCUGAGGGGAUUCCCUGGGGUCCAGUGGUAUCACCGGGCGGGCUGGAAGACGCGCGAGGGAGCACUCUCCCCUGAGUGCUUCCUCUUCAGCUCCCUCUCGCGUCGUAUACUGAUGCAAGAGCCGGAAGAUAACAUCAUCUUCCGGCUCCGGUAUCAGUGCGGUGCGCGAGGGAGCACUCAGGGGAGAGUGCUCCCUCGCGAGCCUGCCUGCCCGCCCAGUGAUACCAGGGCCAGCCUCGGGGGGGCCACACUGGCAUACAUACCGGGUCGCAGGGCAGCUGGGCCCCUGGUGCGAAAGAGAAGGAUCCCGGUAUGUACGCCACUGGGGGUGAGGAGUGCAGUUGAGUGAAAUAAUGAACACACUUACAUUUGUUGCACUUUACUGUGUAGAUGGCAUCAGCCUGUGAUUCUCUGGGUUAUUCAUGUGUACCGUGCUGUGUGGGUACAUGCAAACUUGGCCAAAAUUAGAAAAGUAACAUUGCCACUUAGUUAUUGAUGCAUGGGUGGCAAGAUAAAAUUUCACCUUUGUACGUUCAAAUGCCACAGAGACGUACCACUGUGGCAUGUUGCAGGGAACUACUUUGGAAUGAAUUAGUGAAGUCAGGCAAUGUACAAGGAGACCAAAUUGAUGUCUUUGCCUACCAAGAUAUACUUCCUAAUGACAAGAGUAAAUGUGCCAUGACAUAUGUGAGCAGAUAAUAUGUGCCGGACUGUAACUUGUAAUGUUACCCAUACUGGAUGACAGUAAGGGGUACAUAGUGGAGUACUCUGUGGUGCAGGGUUAGGAACUCCUGAGUUAGGAGACUCUUAUUCUCCAAACUAUCAUAGAACAUAAUUAUGAUGAAAGGAUGGAGUCAUCGUCUUUUGCAUGAGUUCAGCGCAAUUAGGAACAGGUUAGUGUACCCUUUACUUGACCAGGUCCUUGGGGUAGUUGGGUCGAGGUUAUUAGAAACAUAGUGUGAUGAAUAAACAAUGAGUAAAUGUAAUGGUUUUCUUGAUGAGAGGUAUCACUGUAUCAGGCUUUUGCUAAGUGCUGCAUAGCAAAAGAAAUGAGCUUCACAAGGUAAGGUGAGACCUUGCUUGUGUGUCUGAGAGGUCUAGCUGUUUUUUGGCCGAGACUGUGGCCACUUUGGAAUUGAGUGUGUUGACCUCUCAGUGACAAGUAAGAGAUUCUGAGUGGCCGUGCAGGUAAGGCCCUGGUUCCUGUAGAGGCUGGAGUGGACUUGGGCAAUGGUUGGGUGAUGUAUGAAUACCUCCGGGUGAGGAUAUGGUUUUGGUUGGGGGAUAAGGCAACAUACUAGAAAAUGGGGGGGGAGAACCCUUUGCAGCCAAUUGAUCGACCCUAAGGAAUGUAGGGGAAUGGAAACACAAUGUGUCUCAUAACCAUAGGGUCCCAAUUUUGUGAGGUUGUGCUUCAUGUAGGAUGGCUGAGAGGUCCAUUUCCAUGGUUUCAUUGGUUUUUGGAUCAUCUUCGAGUGUGGGUGUGUUGUGGUUACCCCAUUGCUCUGCUAUGGUGCGUCUAGUAGCGAGAGUAGCCUACCAGUUUGUGUUUGUGCUCUUGUUAGGCUGGGUAGGGGUGGGUUAGCCACGUCCAGGGGUCCGUGGGCUCUUCGUGUAUUCUGGAGGUGUUGUCCUCAGUCCAGAGUUGCGCUGCAAGGGCAGUGGCACAUGUGUGUAUGUACCUUGUUGUCCGCAUUUUUUCCAGCACGUGUCUGUUUGGGCUAUGUCCAUCUGUUUGAGUUUCAGAGGUGUUAGGUACCAUCUAAGCAUGGUUUUGUACGCCUGUUCUUUGUGGUUCACGCAUAUGGUUAGUGAGGCGGUUGCUUCCCAUAUGCUUGCCCAGUCUGUUGGGUCAUCCGGUGGGCCUAUGUCUCUUUCCCAUGCUUUUGUGUAUGUGAGUGUGUCCGCUGGGGAGUUGGAGUUUAGUACGGAGUAUAUCAGGGAGAUUUGUCCUUUAUGUGUGGGGGCUUGUAGGCAGUUUGUUUCGAAUCGGGUGAGUUUUGCGGUUGCUGUUUUCCUGUUCUGAGGUUCUGUCAGGAAGCUGCGUAAUUGUAGAUAUCUAAAGUGGUCGAAGGUGUUCAAUGGCGUGGUACAUGGGAGUUCUGGGAAUGGGAUUAGUUGUUGGUUGUUAUAGAAAUCUCUGAGUCUGAUUAGUCCGUUGUCUUCAUAAUGUGCGUAGUCACGUGGUGUCAUGCCUGGGGGGAAUUGUUUAUUUCUAAGGAUUGGGGUAAGUGGUGAGGGGGAGUUUAUGAGGGGGUGUCGUGCGGUGGUUCUGUCCCAGACCUGUAGUGAUGUAGUUAGGGCGGGUGUUGUUGGGGGAAGUGCCGGUCUGUCUUUUUUUGGGAGCCAGAAGAGGAGGGAGGGGUGGUCUCUGCCGAGGAGGUCGUGUUCCAGAUCGACCCAGAGUUUUGUCCCCGGGGGGGAGUGGAGUUGUUGCACUUGGGCUAGUUGGGCUGCUUGGUAAUAUUGGAUGAGAUUGGGGAGGCCCAGGCCUCCGGUCUUAACUGUUUUGUACAUUGUUAUCCGUUUGAUCCGUGGUCUUUUAUUGGCCCAGAUAAAUUUAUCUAUUUUUGAUUGGAGGGCUUUGAAGUCCAGCCUAGAGAUGGGGAUGGGUAGGGUCCGGAACAAAUAUAGGAAUUUGGGCAGGAGAUUCAUUUUUAUGGAUGCGAUCCUGCCUAGCCAGGAAAUAUGCAUGGGUUGCCACCUUUGUAGGUCUAUUUGGGCUCGUUCGAUUAGGGGGGUAUAGUUGAGUGAGUACAAUUCGGAGAGAUUCGCUGAGAUGUGUGUGCCUAGGUAGUGGAUACUUUGUUGAUUGUAUCGGAAUGGGUGAGAGCUUUUUAUUUGGGUUAGGAGUUGUUGCGGGAAAUUGAGGGGAAGGGCUUCAGUUUUAUCUAGGUUAAGUUUGUAGCCGGAGACGUCGGCAUAUUUUUGGAGGAGUGUGAGUAGGGGGGGCAGGGAGUUGGUGGGGUCCGUGAGUGUCAGUAGGAUAUCAUCUGCGUACGCUGCGAUCUUAUAUUCUUCCUGUCGGACUUUGAGGCCCCGGAUUUCGGGGGAUAUGCGAAUGAGUUGAAGAAGGGGUUCUAGGGAGAGGGCGAACAGGAGUGGGGAAAGCGGGCAGCCUUGUCUGGUUCCAUUUUUAAUUGUGAAUUCAUGCGGGCCAGUGUUGGGGAGAAGGAGGGUUGCCGUGGGGUUGGAAUACAGUGUUGUGAGGGCCGUGAUGAUGGCGUCGGGGAAGUGGAAUUUUCGUAGGACGGUAAAUAGGAAGGGCCAGAGUAAGCGGUCAAACGCUUUUUCCGCGUCCAUCGAGAGUAGGAGGGUGGGGAUGUUCCUAUGUUGGGCUCUCCAUAUUAGGUCUACCGUGCGUCUGGUGUUGUCGCAUGCUUGGCGGUUGGGGAUGAAUCCUACUUGGUCUGGGUGCACGAGUUUUGGAAGGAGACGUUGUAUUCUGUUGGCCAGUGUUUUCGUGAGGAUUUUGAUGUCUGUGUUGAGGAGAGAUAUUGGGCGGUAAUGUCCAGGGUCUAGGUGUGUUUUGUGUGGUUUGGGGAUUAGGCAUAUGUUGGCCUUGAGCAUCUCUUGUGGUACCUGGUCGCCUUCCAUUAUAGAAUUGCAGAGUGCGGUCAGAUGGGGUAUCAAUGUGGCGCUGAACGUUUUAUAAUAGAGGCCUGUGAAGCCGUCAGGUCCUGGGCAUUUAUUGGGUUUAAUGUGCUUUAUUGUGAGGGCUAUUUCCUCUUCAGUGAUUGGGGACGCGAGGGUGUUUCGUUCUUGGUCUGUUAGUGCUGGGAGGGGGAUUUCCGAUAGGAAGUCGUGAAUUUCUUGUCCUAACGUUGGGUGGGUGAAAGUGUGGUUGGGUUUAUGGUCGUAUAAUUUGGAGAAGUAGUCAACGAAUAUAGAGGCUAUGCGGUCAGGGUCUUUAUGGGUUUUGCCUCCAGGCGAUGUGAUUUCGUCUAUGUGUUUUUGGAGAGUUUUAUGUCGGAGUCUACGCGCAAGGAGGGUGUCUGCCUUGUUGGACUUCUCAUAUAGUUGUUUGGUCCAUUGUAAUGCUUUUUGGGAAUCUUUGGCCAUAUAGGACUUUAUUGCGUGUUGGUGCAAUUUAAUUUGGUCGAGCAGUGAUUGAGAUGGGGUGCGUUUGUGUUUGGCUUCUAUUGUCCUUAGGGAGGUUAGGUGUUGUUCUAAUACCCGGAGUGUUUGUCUUCUGUGGGCGCUGGCUGCGCUAAUUAUGGUUCCUCUGAUUGUUGCUUUAUGGGCUGCCCAUAGUGUGUUCGUGGAUGGGACCGAUCCCGUAUUGGUCUCGAAAUAGUUUGUGAGCUCCUGUUGGAUUGUUUGUCUGAUUUGGGGGUUAUGUAAGAGUGUGGGGUUUAACCGCCAGGUCCACGCUUUGGCUGUGCGGGGCUUAUCUAUGUUGAGAGAGAUUUCGGCGUGAUCAGACCAGGUGAUUGAACCUAUCGAGGUGGAGUGUGUAUAAGGUACUAGGGAAAGGGAUAUUAAAAAUAGGUCUAUCCUGGAGUAAGAGGAGUGUGGGUGCGAGUAGAAGGUGAAGUCUGGGGUUGUGUGGUGUUGGAGUCUCCAUAUGUCUUGGAGGCCUAUCUGGGUGGCGAACUCCAUGAGGAGAUUGUCGUUUUUCCUGGUAGGGGGUUUGCGUGAUUUGUUUCCCUCCGUGCUUUUCCUAUCUAUAGAUGGGGUUAGGACUGCAUUGAAGUCCCCGCCUAAGAUAAUGUGGUGUGAGGGGAACAGUUUUAGUUGUGUGCGUAGUGCUGUCCAGAAGGUCGGUUCGGGUGUAUUUGGGGCAUAGACUGUGGUGAUCGCGUAUUUGUGAUUGGCAAAUUGUCCCGUGAUUGUCAAAUAUCUCCCUUGGGGGUCUGGGAGGCUUUUUAAGAUUGUGAUCGGGCAGUGUUUGUGAACCAUAAUGGCUACUCCGUUUUGUUUGCCGUGUGGCGAAUUUGCUAGGUAGCAUUGUCUGUAGUUUUUGUUGAUGAGGGGAAAGGGUUUUUUCGUGUCAAAAUGGGUUUCCUGGAGGAGGAUUAUAUCUGCUUUUGUUCUAUUGGCCCAGCGAAGUGUGCGGUGUCGCUUGGCUGGAUUGUUAAGUCCCUUGCAAUUGAUGGAUAUGCAGGAGAUUGUGUCCGGUCUGGUAGUGUGUGUUUGUGGUGGUGGGUCGCUGGUGGGCAUUCUUUAGUGUGGUGUGGGCUUCGGGUCUAGGGGGUGACGGGGCGUCCGACCGCUCUUAUUAGGGGGGGGGUCCGGUGGGGGAUGGGUGGUGGGAGAGGGGGAUGGGUGAGGUUUACAAAACCCUUUGGGGAUUGGGUUGCAAAGUGUCUAUCCUGGUCUUAUGUGGUAGUUGCCAGGUAAAGUGGGGGGAGGCGGUGUUGUACACCUUGGGUUGGUCGUGUGGUUGGUGUCGCCCGGGGAAUCCGGGGUUCAGGGGUGGGGAAGAGGAGGAAGAGUUUCACGUUCCUGUUACUCCUCUCCCCCCCCGCGCUAGGUGUGGUGUAGCACUCACGAUUUGGCGGUGCGGUGGUAUCUGUCUGUGGUGUAAGGUGCCAGUCGUGGUCCCUCCAUUGGUGUUUGGAGUGUGUCUCAUGUUGUCCUCAUCUGUGGUCCUGUGGAUGUUGUUUCGAGGAUCGUGUUGUCGGUGUCUAUUAUAAGUAGUAGAAAACAUUAGGUAACAUAGUAGAAAACAUAGUAGUAAACAUGGUAACAAAAACACAGCAUUUAAAACAGCAUUUAAAACAUUUAAAACAUUUCUGCUAUAUAUGUGUACACAGAUCCGGAGUUAUUGCAUGUGUACCAUCCGUGUAAACCUUAAGCUAUAUAACAGUUUCAUGCUAGUGGCGGAUCCGGAUUGAGUGGGUUUACCCGUCUAUCUUGUUUGGGUCGGGGGGGGGUAUCUGGGGGUCGUCCUGUCCUGAACAGUGGGAGUCCGUGUAAGUGGAUUUGUGGCGUUGCGUUGUGUUGGGGGGGUAGGUAGGUUUGGGGGGGUUCCCCCGGAUUAGUCGUGGGAUGUCCCCUUUUACACAUUUGUAAAUAGCUAAUGGUGUUGUCAUGGUCUAUCCUGUGUGGAUGUGAGGAUUCGGGUAGUUAUGGGGAAGGUGAUACUGUCUGGUUGGGUUGGUUAGUGGAGUUCAUCUUGGGUUCCGGGGGGGUGGAUGGGUGGGUAACAGUGCGUUCUAAGGGGGUACGUCUUGUGGGGUCGGGGCGGGAUCUGGCUAACUAGUCCUGGGCCAUUUUGGGGGGGUACCUGCAAAAUAAGAGAUGGUUAGAUUGUAAGUCCAGUAAUCAGCUAGAGAGUCCCCAGAUCAGGCAGUGGAUAGUUCUUGGGUAGCACGUCGGGCUUGCUGUUGGAUGUGAUUUCAGGCGAGGUGUGAAGAGGUAUAUUGUCCGUGCUCCGUUAUUCCAGUGUGGUGGUAGUCUGGAUCUGUGCCUGGAGUUGAGUAGGGGAUCUUGUAGCGAUUGGUGGGCUUUGUUCAGGGCUCCUCCCGGAUAUCCCGAGUGCUUGGGUUUUAAGUGCAGUGUGGUAGUUUUACGUAUCCAGUGUUCGAUAUGUCCAGGGUCUGGGCUAGUGCGUGGGUUAAUAAAGAGUUUUAGUCCUGAAGUUGGGGGUGGGGGGGGUAGGAUGGCAUAUGGCGGAGAAGGUAUGGGGUGUGUUGUUGGUUGAAUGUGGGCCGCUUACUGCGCCUGGAUAGCUCCUGCUGUUGGUGGUGUGAAGGAUUCCAGGUGGCAGGCGAUCAGACCCGUUAGGAUUGGUGGCGGCUGUCUCGGCGGUGCCGAGGGGGUUCUCCCGGGCUAGCAGGUGUUCUCAAUUUCUUGGGCGGCCUAGAGUCUUCAGGGUCGUCCUGUGGUCGCCCAUCUUCACGGUUUUUGUGGAAGGGGGCCAGUUGUAGUAGUUGUAUUCCUAGGGAUUCUGCGAAGGGCGACAUGUCCGACACUGAGGUGAGGAUGUGCAUUUGAUCGUCUUUCUUGAUCAUGAGUUUGAAGGGGUGUCCCCAGGUAUAUUUGAUGCCUUGUCGCUGGAGGGCAAGUGUCAGAGGUUUGAGGUCUCUUCUUUUUUUGAGUGUGGAGGGGGCUAAGUCUUGGAAGAAAGUUAGACGGGUUUCUUUAUAGCGUGGGGGUUUGUCUCGUGCUAUGGUUAGUAGUUUCUCUUUAGUUGUGAAGAAGUGUAGGCGGGUGAUCACAUCCCUUGGGAUGGAGGCGCCCAGAUUUUGCGGGCGGAGGGCUCUGUGGGCCCUGUCUAAUUCCAUCUCUUGAGGUGUGAGGUCUGGGGCCAAUGUUUUAAAAAUGCUGUGAAGUGUGGGGACAAGUUGUUCCAUGGUGACGGUUUCGGGUAGGCCGCGGAUUCGUAUGUUAUUACGUCUGGACCUGUUGUUUAGGUCUUCUAGGCCAUCUUCUAGUGCAGCCAUGUGGCCAUAUAGGUAUGCUAUGUCUUGAGUGUGAGAUGUGGAGGUGGCAUAUAUGGAGGCAAUCCGGUUUUCUACCUGGUCUGUGCGGGCGGUGAGGCCUACUACUUCCUCUUUAAGGCCUGCCACAUGUCUUUCCAUCUCGGCGGCUACAUGGGCCUUAAUGUCGUUGGUGGCUUGGUGCAGCAUGUCUCUCAGUACCGCGAUGGUUAUGGGGGCCGCCGGGUUCAUCACUGUGUCCAGACUUUCAGCCUCCGACCCAGAUUCCUCUUCUGCCUGUGAGGAGGUUGGUCUCCGUUGGUCUGAUGGCGUGCGGAAUAUGGAGGCCACCGAUGGGUUCGUGUCCCUCCGUUUCUUGUUGCCGCCCAUUCUUGGUUUUCCGUACCGGGCGGGUGCCAGCUGUGUUGGGGUUGCUGCUGGUAUGAGGGCAGACUGUUUUGAGGCGUGAGGGAUGCGGAUGGCAGGGGAUUUAGCGCGUGGGGGGAUCGGAGCUUUAGGAUCAGGCGUCCAUCUUCGUCCGAGGUUAGGCCACGCCCCCCGUGGGGUGCACUUUUAAAUAUAUUUUCACUUAUUUCUUAUAAUGUAAAUAAAAUCAGUGGUUCUCUAUAUGUGUAAUUCAUGUUCUUGUCUUUAUUGAACUGGAUUCAUGUAAAUGUUUUGUAUGCAAAAAAAAUAAAAUCAGCUGUCCACUUUUCUGAAUAGAAAAGUUAAGAGAACCUUGAAGACAUAACAUAAGUAUAACCGUUGACCAUAUACUUCUGAAAAUGUGUAUAAAAUGCAAAGUCAUUAGUUUGAGUACACCUGCUUGAAAUCAGGUUUGGCUAUGUAUGCUGUAUUUGGGAAUAUCUAUUUCAUGAACAAAUUGCUUGAGUUUUUAAAUGGAGACUUGUAUUGUCACAAAUUUCAGUCUGAGUACAAAGGUGAAUAAAACUGACCUGUUGUGUAAUUUUAAAAUUGAGGGUAAAACAAAAUGUAAUAAAUUGAAAGAAUAAAAUACAAAACUACAUUUUACAAUGCAGAAGAUGGAUUUGCUAUGUUUCUAUGUCUGGAAAUUAUAUUUUCAGGCUUAUAAUGCAGUGAGGUGAUCUAUAUGCCUGGAGUUUGUUUACAGGGUACAUCCGGUUCAGUCCUUUUGUUAACUAAACUGCCAAGGGCUUUUGUUACUUACAUGAGUGUUCUAACACGGUGUUGGACAUUUUUAUAAAUAUCUUUUUGCCAGCCAUUUCAUUUAUAACUAAAUGUUCAAUAAUAAUUUAUUGAAAUAUAUGCUUUAAUUUUUAAUUGGAUAUAACAUCACAGUGUGUUUACUUUAGAAGUUUGUAUCACCUACUCUGUUAAUUGAACUUUAAUCACACACAUGAAGCUUCUGCAGGCAAUUAACCAAGCAGGAUUUAAGAUUCUUAGUUAAACAAACUGCAAUAAAGGAAGUUUAAAAGUUAGAUCUUUAUAGUAAGUGUGGAGUAAAUCACAGGCAGGGGAGGUAUGGCUAGGUUGCAUAAACAAAACUCCUAAAUGGCAGAGAGCUGUGCAGCUACACUGCAGGAACAUGACUAUAUACACCAAAACCACUUACUUAAGCUAAAGUACGUUUGGUGCUUAGUGUCUCAUUAAAGCAACUGCGAUCUAACUUUUGGUAUGUGUAAUUGCAAUAAAAUAUGCAUUGUUCUGAAUACAUUGUUUCACAUUUUUCUCGUAAUGAUCUAGGGAUUGUAAAGAGCAAUUCAGUCUGUGCUUUUCUCAAGGUAGAUAUUACUCUUAUUCCCCUUUCCAUACACAGAUCACAGCCAUUGCCUUAAACUGCAAAUGUGUUUACCACACACCUACCAGUUUACUAUUCACUGCACAAAUUACGUACUCUAUCCUCUCAAUUUAUCAUCUAUUCACUCAUGAUCUUUUACAUAGCACGUCCACCAACUGCUGACUGCUGCAUCAGUCUCUCAUUCACACACUCUCGACUACUCACAUUGACCUCACAACCACAGCCCUCCUGCUUAUGUCUCAUCAUAGACCAGUUUUUCUUCUGCAUUUCUGUGUUCCAAUGUGGGCCACAAUGCUUCAUCAUCAUGGACUUGCAGGUUUUUUGAGUCUCGCUGUGGACCCUUUCUCACACCACUGGUUUCACAUUAAAAAAAUCAUCAUCAUUUCCUCCUGACUUCUUGCCCAGCAUGCUGAAUACUGCAUAGCCCAUCUACCAUGGGUCUUGGUUAUUUCCGUCCACUUUAGGGCCUCUCCACAGGACUACUCCUCAGUCUUCCAGUUUUUUUCAUUCACACAUAUUGACCAUCUCUAUAACUUCUGCGCUCAUACUGCCUCAGUUGCUCAUACAUAACCCCACAGUCCAGUGCCAGUUAUUUCAUUUCUUUCCCACUCUCCUGCCAUUGCUCGUGUUCUCAAUAUUUCUUCACCUCCUUCUUCCGUUACCUUGCUGGUCCGUGUCUGCAACUGUGUGUACAAAUGUAUAUGUCUCAGAAUUUGUCUUUUGGGAACUGGGUAGCAACCACAGUGUGUCUAGAUGUCUUGUUUUAUCAUCCACUUCAUUCAUCCAAUUUACUGCAUUUUGCAGCAGGUGUUCACAGCCUUUCUUUUACUCCUAGUUAUUCUCAAAAGCUCACCUGCACAGUGUCUGCUCUUUUAUUUUAAUUACUUCUCUGCUGGCUUCUGUUGCUUAACCUCUUUUUCCUCUACUCUUAUUUUAAAUGCAUGUAGUUCAUCAGCAGUUAGUGUGUGUGUGUUGCUGUUAGAAUAUUUACAUAUGUUGCACUGUCCAUCUGUAUUAACAUGUCUGUGUGUGGUUGUGCUUGUGUCAGUGUGUGUGUGUGCAACAUUAUCUGUGUUUGAUGUUGUCAACCUGGAAAGAAUUAUGCAACGUGUGCGGAACAUUAUAAUGUAGUAUAAAUACGGUGUUUUAGACAAUGUUCCACAAUAGUUUGUUUUUGUCUUCUUUUGAGCAUGACCGUGUAUAUGUAUAUUUAUCCAAGCAAAUAAUUGUUAUAGGAAAUUUUGCUAAACUUUAGCACAGGUUUAGUUUUGACUUUAUUUAAUGUCAGUGCAGAUUUGUAGGUAUUGUUUCUAACCUAUGUCAUGCAUACAUUGCUUUACAGGUUAAUAACAAUAUGAAUCUCGACUUAUCUGAUGAUGAGGAGUUAAGGGAACAGCUAGACAUGCAUUCCAUCAUUGUGUCUUGUAUCAAUGAGGAGCCUUUGUUCACAGCUGAGCAGGUAAAUAUUAAAUCGGUGUAUAUACCAUGCACUUUGAAAAUGUAUACCUUUUUAAUAUAGCUAUAAAUACGGGGUUUUUUUUUUUUUGGUUUUUUUUUUUUAACGUCAUUGCUGCUAUACCAAAUUUUAGUAACAUUUUAACAAUAUGAUGAAUCCAGUAAAAGAAAUGUAAAUCAGCCAAGCUUAUUCUGAAUUCUAAGGACUCAAACAGAUGAUUGAAAUAACAUGGGUAAAAAAAAAAAAGGCAAUGAUGCAUAUCAAAAAUCUAAACGGAAUUCUAAGCUGUAAAUGCUCAGUAUUGCAAUUGCAGCCUUGCUUGAUCUAAUAAACCUAUAUACAGCAAUGACUUAUGGAGUCUAUUCUGUUUACGCUGUGUUGUCCUUCUGCAGGACUACACUAUACCUUUCAGAUAAAUCCACUGUUAUUUAUGGAAACAUGUUACAUACUGUAAACAUUUGCCGAUGGAAUUACCAGUAGGAGCGUUUAGCAAUAAUUUGUUGUUGCAGGUUAUUGAAGAGAUUGAGGAAAUGAUGCAGGAGUCUCCUGACCCCGAAGAGGAAGAUACACCUUCUCAGUCAGACCGCCUCUCUAUGCUUUCACAGGAGACCCUGAAGAAAUCCUCUACAAGUAGCUCAUAUGAAGAAAGUAAGGGACACUGUUUGGUAUUAUUAUUGUCAUUUAUAUAGCGCCAACAGAUUCCGCAGCGCUUUACAAUAUUAUAAGAAGGGGGGAUUUAACUAUAAAUAGGACAAUUACAAGAAAACCUACAGGAACAAUAGGUUGAAGGGGACCCUGCUCAAACGAGCUUACAGUCUGUAGGAGGUGGGGUAUAAAACACAUUGAGACAGGAAAUAGCAAUCAAAUAAGGUGGGAGUGAAGCAGAGCUGGAGGAGAGCGUAAAGUGCUGCCCUUUAGGAGAGAGCAAGAGACAGGUAUGUGAGGUAGAGGUUACUCUGGGAGGCCAUAAGCUUUCCUAAAGAGAUGGGUUUUAAGGCACUUCUUAAAAGAUGCAAGACUAGGGGAGAAUAAAACAACUAAUAGAGUAGUAUUAUGGGAACCAAUUAUAUACCAGGUUCAAUGUUACACUCCCAUAAAUCAAUUGAUUGUAGGUAUGUCCAAAAUAUAUAAAGAUGAUGUGCAGAUGAUGUGAAUUUCUUCAAACUCCAAAAAGGGGCAUGUGGGAAACAAAGAAAUUAUGCAACAAUAAGUGCAGAUUUUAAAGACCAUCCAAUGCGCUAAAUUGAAUAACACUUACGCACUAAAAGUGGCAUUCAGGCAUAUAAUAAUCUCGAAGAGUGGUUGCUCCAAGGAAGGAAGACUGCUUCUUAAUAGUAGCAUACGUUGAAAACCGGACGAAGCGUGUCGGGUUGGGCCCCUGUGGGAUUCAGUUUUGAUUGGAUUUGAUUUAUUUAUUUGGUUUGAUUUUGUUACAAUAAACAGUUUUUAACGAAUGCUACUAUUAAGGAGCAGUCUUCCUUGCAAGGAUGGACUUAUGUGGAUACCACUAACUUGAAGGGAGAGCGAAAGAGAAGGAUCAGUAUUAGGCGGAGGAAAGACAAGCAGCUAAGUUUUAGAGAUAUUGAGUUUCAGAAAGCUGGAGGACAUCCAGUCAGAGAUGGAAGAAAGGCAAGCAGUGACACGUUGCAAGACUGCAGGGGAGAGGUCCAGAGAGGAGCGAUAUAUCUGGGUGGUAGUGGAAUCCAAAUGAGGUAAUAUGUUUGCCAAGAGAAAAUAGAAGGGCACCAAGGACAGAGCCUUGGAGGACUCCAACCAAGACAGGACAAGGGGAGGAUGUAUCUUUAGAAAAGGAGAAACUGAAUGAGCGUUAGGAGGAGGGACAGAAUGCGUUGUGUGUAAUGACACAAAUUUUAAGUCUUCACGCUAUACAUGAGGACGUCCAGAGUUUUCAGAAUCCCCAUAGGAAAUCCCCAUAGGAAAGCAAUGUGUCAAUGAAGGUUUAUUGAACGAUCACAGAGGAUGCAGGGGGAUACUAACAUUUCUAGCACUUUAGUGCUCCUUUAACUAUUAAUAAUUGUAAUGUCUACAUUCUAACAUAGAAACUAAUGAGCUGCUUCUUCUGACUGCUCUGCAUUUUAGAUAUUGACAAAGAACUGAAUGUUUUUUUUUUCUUUUUUCUUCUUAUACUUGACUGCUUAACUGGUCUUUAGGCUUUCUGGAACUGACUGUCUGACUUGCGUAUUUUCAUUGGACCAAAACAAACUGACCACCAGCAGGUCCUGUUGACAUUCUGGAUUAUAGGCAAAUGGAGGCAGCAUUAAUAUAAUUCCAAUAAAUCAAUUUUUUUACUGAAUGGUCCAACCUGCUGGGUAUUCUCCAUGUAGUUUUCAUAUUCUUUACAUUUAUUUAAAGACUAUAUGGAAACCGUUUUCCACUUUGGGAAUUUUGUCCAACUUGGGAUCUUCCUAUUUAUCUAGUCCAUAUCUAAUGACAGGAUCAAGUACUAAUUAACAAUGUUAGACGUCCACCGUCUGGUGCCUUUGCAUCAUUUGCAAUGGGGAACAGGGGGAAGGUCGGUGAUACUUACCUGCACCUUUCCUUUGCAGGUGCCACCAUCUUCUUCUAUAAUCUUAAACUCCUGGUACUUCAAAUGCCAUGAUCCAACGUGAGCGCUGUACUCUCGUAGUCACUUUAAGUAGUGAAUGUUUUAGUGUUUGUGUGUGUAUAUCUGUUUAUUGGCUUCAUUUUUCAAAUUUUAAAUUCUGGAAUUGCCUCUGCAAGUUUUACUAAAUGUAAUAGAGGGUUUUGUUCUCAUCUUUUUGUUUUAUAAGCGAACAUACCCUUUAAAACAUCUAGAAUUUUAAAAAACCUCCUCUGAUUCCCUUGUUAGUAGGUUGGACCUUUUCAGUCCUUGAAUAUGAACUGCCUGCAGAUAAUUAGGCAUGCGUGGAAACUCCUUUACCUCAGUCACUGAAAGUGAAAUCUAGCCUAUGGGGACUAAUUCCACUUCAAAGUGCUCUAAUAUUAGAUGCAAGGCUGUCUUAUACUGUUGUAAACAGCAAGGAACACAUAGACCGUUGUAAGAGGAAUACAUGUUAUACAUCCUUUACACACAUUCUGCUUUCAGCAGUAACGCAAUAGAAAGCCAUAGGAGUUAUCAGUAUGAAGCAAGCACCCUUUAAUGCUGUUUAAAUAGAAAUCUACAAACACUGACCAUGAAACCCUUCACUGCCCAAUGAGAGUGAGAGUGGCAUGGUGGCUGCUCCUGGCAAUGAUUAACAUAACAUGGGAUGAGUCACAGGAGACAGAAGGUGACAGUGUAAAAGGCUACCGACGUUAAGUAUGAUGGGGUCACCAGCUAGGAUUGCGGGUAUGUAUCUGAAGGCGAUCGGAAUAAGUUGAUGGAGACAUGAGGUAAAUCUUAUGAUGCUUGGGAAAAAAAUUAAAGUACUUGUUCAUGGAAAAAGCUAUCUGCUCCUUAUUCAGCUUUGAACUCUAAAAACAUUACUACAACAACAAAACAAAAUGUACAAAUUUCACAAUAUUUUUUUUUUGAUUCAGCAGAGAUCCACUGAAAGGAUUGAGCUGUUUUAUGUUCUCCGUAUCCUCUUGCUCUAUGCUUUUAGUUUGGUUGAUCCCGCCAAAUAUAAUGAGAUGUAAACAGUGUAGUUGAAAAGUAUAUUUAAAGGGACACUGUAGGCACCCAGACCACUUCAGCUCAUUGAAGUGGUCUGGGUGCAAACACCCAUCACCCUUAACACUGCAGUGGUAUUUAUUGCAGUUUUUAUAACAAGCCAGCCACUAAAGGGACUGCCAGGAUUGAAACAGAUUUUUGGUCCGCUCUGCACGAGGACCUCGGCAUCAGAAUUCCCCCAUAGGAAAGCAUUUACUAAUGCUUUCCCAUGGGGAAAUCCUAAUGCGAGCACAGCCGUUGCCGUGCAUGUGCAUUAGGUCUCCCCCGUCAGCGGGGGAGAAGCAUGGGCGGAGUGGACCCAGGUAAGUGACUGAAGAGGUUAUUAACCCCUUCAGCGUCGGGGGAGGGGAUCCUUGACAGAGGGGAAGCUAUAGUGCCAGGAAACAGAGUUUGGUUUCCUGGCACUAUAGUUUCCCUUUAAGGGUCAUGCAUCAAUUUGAGACUGUGUCUCAUUCAAAAGCUUUAGCUUACAAUUACAGUUGCCUCCCCAGCUUCUUCUUUCUUGUGCUCUUCACAACUACUCAAUGGGGGACACUAGUCUAACCAAUCCGUGUCAUAUCCCUAGGAAUGCAGAAAAAGUGCAUUGGGAAUACCUGAAAUAUAUACAUAUGUGCAGUUGGAAGAUCUCUUCCCAUUGCAACAUCCUGGGGUAGAAGAGAAGGGAGUCUGGUCAGUGUGAUCAUGCCAAGCAGGCUCUGGUGUCUGUUUUCUCUCUCCUCCUGCUAUACAACGAUGCCCAAUAUUGCAAUCUGACAAAGUAAAUUAUAUUUUUUUUUAAAAAACUCUAAUUUUAUUUUGGUUUAUAUAUUUGUUUAAAAGUGUUUGCAAAAAAUGAUUUAGUGAUGCAUGUCCCUUUAACAUGAAAUUUGUGCUGUUUGCGAUGCUUCUUUUCAAGGUUUCCUCCCCUAUGUACCUGGCUUAUUAUUUCCUAGCUGCCAGAUGCCAUCAAAUGUGUCAUCAUAUAUUUAUUUUUAUUUUUUAUUUUUUUACUUGCUUUCAUUUUAUCUUGCUUUUUGUCUUCUCUUCUAAUAGAAGUGAAGCGGAUGUCUGUUGCAGAAUUGAAUGAUCUGCUUGAUGAAAUUGAAACCGCUAUUAAGGAUUAUUCUGAAGAGCUGGUACAACAGCUGGCUUUGAGGGAUGAACUGGAGUUUGAAAAAGAGGUGAAAAACUGUUUUAUAUCAGUCCUUAUCGAGGUACAGAACAAGCAGAAAGAGCACAAGGAAAAUUUGAAAAAGAAGAAAAAGCUAAGAAGUGGGAAUGCACAGAAUGGCAAGCAGGAUAGGGGUCACGUGCCUGGAACGGUAAGCAUCUUCGGUUUGCUCCUAGGUUUUCUAGGAAUCUUAUUUGUAAUUCCUACAUGGCAUAUACGUUCCAGUUUGGACUUUUUAACAGAGAAGCAGUUCUAGACCUUGGCAAAUAUAAAAAAUCUCCAGGGGAAAAAAAAGCACGGUGCGGCAUUUUACACAAUUGUUGUAAAACUUCUUCAACCACUUCGUCAGCUAAAGUACAAUAUAUUCUCUCACUACUUCCCCCUCCCCUGACCCCCUUUUUAAUGUUUUGUUUUUUUAAAGUUGUAUUUUUGGGGGGAGGGAGGGGACUGGAAGUGUUAUGAUGCAUUCACUAAAUACUGUGCAUUUGUAUUUCCUCUUGUCAUUUUUUUUUUUUUUUUUUUCCAUGGCCCUAAUUAUUAAAUGUUAGUUGUUAUGCUGUUUGGCAUUGUUUCAUCUCCAUAUGCCUUUUGGACUAAUGUUCUGUAGAAGUUCCUUUCUUACUGAAAGUUAAUUUUUCUGUAGGUAAAAACAUCUGAAUUCCACAGGUUUCCAGUUUGUUCCUUCCCAAAAUAUUUUUCACUAAACGUAUUGGCCCUGUAUUUUUCUAAUGCAUUACUUUCAGGUGUGUAGAUGUACUGUCAAUCAAAUCUCCAGUGUUUAUUGUAGAUUAUGAGCAAGGCACUGUGUAUCUAGAUCAUGUGGCAAGGGAGGAUUAUAUUGUACGGAGGGGAAAAAAAAAUCUGCUUUCCAUGAUCAAGCUUUGUGGCGAUUUAUUGUAAUAUCAAGUGAUUUUUAGUUCUUAAAGGAACCCUCAUCAGACUUGGUACUUGAAGGUGCAAUAAAAAGUGACACGCUAUUGAAAUCAGAAUGUAGAAAGUCUUCUCUGUAUCCUGUAGCUCUAGUAUUCUAACAAUGAUUCCUCCAUUGCAGUGUGUAUUUAUAGUGACCCUGGUGCACUGCAUUCUUUACUGAAUGCAGUGGAGACUUGAGAUAUAACAUAUUGUAUGCAUUCGUACACUUUGCUAAUUACCAGCUAUCUGAUGAUCGUGACGCUGCAUUUUAAUAGUUUAGAUAUUGUGUAGCCAUUUUUUAAAUGUUUUGCCAUAUCAGGUAGAAGAAAAAAUAGACUGCUUCCAAUAAAUUUACAAUGUCCCUAAUAGUGCUAAAAAUUUAGAUAUGAUGCUUUUGUUUACAAAAAUUCCUUUAACCCCUUAAGGACACAUGACAUGUGAGACUUGUCAUAAUUCCCUUUUAUUCCAGAAGUUUGGUCCUUAAGGGGUUCAAAUGAUAUCGCCUUCGAUAGAAAUCUAUGCAUCAGUCAGUAACAAAAACUAGCUUUAGCCAUUUUUUUAAAGGUUCUAGUUAAAUUGUUGACACAAGCUGGUUUGGAGAUAAACAAACAUUAAGCUUUAAUAUCCAUUAAUGAAAAUUGCUGAGUCUGUGCUCCUUGCAAUUGAAUGUCAUGCUAUGAACUGCCCUUAAGGGGAUCCUAUAGUGCCAGGAAAACAAACCAAUUUUCCUGGCACAAUAGGCUCUUGGAGUGCCCCCCCCCCCCACCCUUGGCGCUGAAGAGGUUAAAACCCUUUCAGCCACUUGCCUUAAUCCUGUGCUGGGCUACCUCGGAACUGGUGACCUCUCGUCCUCCAUCAAUGUCAGCUCCCGAGUGGAGCCGCGUGCACAUUCAAACCCGCUCAUAGGAAAGCCACACUACUUUUAUAGUGCCAUUUAGCCAUCACUGCUUUAUAAAAAUGUAUCGGUUUUAUGCACAGACUAGAAGUAUAUGUUUUGUGUAUAUACAUGUUUGUAUUUUUUUAGUUAUGUUGUUUUUCCCUCCCCUCCCCCACCCCCCAUCUCUGGAAGUUUACUGAGCAAGUUGUAUACUGUCUGCAUGGCUUUUAACUCCUCAGGUUUACAUCUACAAUAGUUUUUACUAACAAUCUUUUCCUUUCUCUGUCCUGUUCUGCACUGCUUUCUGUACUUGCUGUAGCGCUUCAGCAUGGAAGGCUUAUCAAACGUCAUACAGCAUAGCUUUCGGCAGACGUUUGGGAGCUCAGGUGGAGAGAAACAGGUGCUCGGGUUUUCUAUCUCUUUUCAUCCUUUUGUCUUUCUGUAUAUUUUCAACAAAUAUUAAUAUAACCCUUUCGUAAACAAUCUUGUUUUUAUUUUAUACUGGUAUUUUUCUUUUGUAUGUGUGAGGUAAGAGACACACACCUAUAAAUCAAUGUAAAUAACACAAUAAAAGAGAUACAGUUUACCUAAUAAACUGAGAAUUAAGUUGUGCAUGCAGCUUCCUAACUGUGUAUUAAUGGUGAUACAAAGCAACAAUAUUUUUUGAGGAGUAUAAAAACACAUCUUAUUUUAAAAUUAUACCUGAUGUACUGUUUCACGUGCAUUUUAUACUUUUAUUUAAAUGUCAACAGUAUCUGACCACUGUUAUUCCUUACGAAAAGAAAAAUGGGCCACCUUCUCUCGAAGACCUCCAGAUACUAAGUAAAAGUGAGUAUCAAACUGCUGAAUUCAGGGAUUGUUAAAAUCUUAAUAGAGUGAUAACUUUAUUCAAACCAUUUCUUUGUUAGAAGUUUGUUUUUUCAAUAAUUUUACAUAUUUUAGGUAUGUGAAUAAAGACAAACUUCGAUAAAAUUUAAAAUUUCAAUAAACGUUUUGCAGAUCUAGAGUAAACUAAUUUAUUUAAAUUUCGUAUGAUGGACUGUAUUCAUUAUGAUAUAUCCGGUGUCUCCCUAGUACUCCGUGCAAUGAAAGAUGAUAGUGAGAAAGUGCCAAGUUUGCUAACAGACUACAUUUUAAAGGGUGAGUCACAUAAUUUUUCCUAAACUACAUGGUCUGCAUGCUUUUAUUUAUGUAAUCUUAUUUUUCUAAACCUGCUGUAUACAAAUCAAAAGGAAACUCAGUGCACAUAUUCCAAAGUGUUGUCUGUUCAUUUUAAAGAAAUACUAGAGUUAGGAAUACAAAUUUUAGUUUAGAAGCCUCCAUUGCGGUCCCGGCCUCCCUUGUCUCCGGCUAAAAAAGGUUUUAAAAAGUACUCUUUUCGAGCACUGCACUGGUCAGUUCAUGACUCGCUCCGCCUCCAUCGCAGAGAUAAUACAUUUUGAUGAUUUCAACCAAUUGAUGAUCAAGCUAAUGCUUUUCCAUAGGAAAUGCAUGCACUACAAACACAGCACCUCGACAAUUAGAAUCUCCUCAUAGAGAUGCAUUGUCUGUGUUUUCUCGGUUGAUUAAGAUGUGUAUAUGUGUAUAUAUAUGUGUAUAUGUGUAUAUGUGUAUAUAUAUAUAUAUAUAUAUAUAUAUAUAUAUAUCUCUCUCUCUCUCUCUCCCCCUCUCUCUCCUCCCCUUUAGACUCUGGCCAUAUAAGGAAACUCCCCAUAUUUGGACCCUACACCCAAUCUCCCUAUACAGCACAUUCCAGAGUCCCCCUGGUACAGAAUAGCAAACCCAAUCUGUUUUUUUUUUUUUGUUUUUUUUUAACCCACUAGACAUUUGCAGCUUAAUAUGUAUUUGAAUAGGAAUAUAUAGAAUAUGUAAUAUUCUACAAGCAUUGACCCAGAAAGAACAUCUAGUGGCUGCCUAACUGCCACUAGAGGUGUUACUAGGCAGUAAUGUUAACACUGUCUUUUCUCUGAAAAGGCAGUGUUUACAUUACAAAUCCUGCAGGGACAGCGACACAAGAACUACCUUAAGCUGUAGUUGUUCCGGUGACUGGGACUGUCCCAUUUAACUCAAAGUUUCUCACCAUUCAUUGAAAUAUCAUGGAUAUUAAUGGAUUGAUUUUAUUUUUAUUCCUACUUAACAUGUUACCAGUCUAUGUAGCAGUGCCUUCCUGGCCUCAUAUGACAGGCAUAUUUUGUGGAUCUCAAACCAUGUACAUGAGUUUUGUGUUCAAAGUAAGGGUUUUUUUAAACUUAUUUUAAAUGGAUUAUUUUUUUAACAUCAAGAAAAUUAUUUUAAAAUAAUCCAUUCAAAAACACAGAAUCGGGAAUAUUAGUUGCCUUGUCGACAAUAGCCACUCAAUUCUCACGCUUUGUUAUUUUGUCUUUUUGUUUCAUCUGAUUUUCUUGUUUUUGUGUUGUGCUAGCACUGGUGUAAAAGCUGGAUGCCUAUGAGGUUUGUGUGAUAUUGCAUUGUGUUAAUGAGACAGUGUAGAGCGUGUCUUUAGCAUUGUUUUGUGGGAUGUGGAAUUUUUUGCCAGAUUUGUUUCAGGAUAAUAUAUUACUAAACAUUUGGUGAAGUGAUACAGAAAGCAAUAUUGGUUAUGGAUCCAUACCUUGUACAUCAAUAAUUCACAAUUAAUUUUUCCUGUACACCUAUUCUUUGUUGCUACCAAGCAGUAUUUCUCACACCAGUCAGUCCUCCCCCCUUCCCCAGCCAAUGCUGGUUCUCAUGCACAUGUUUAAUAAACAUUGUUCUAGAGAACCUGUAUUUACUGACCAUGUUGCAUACCUUUUGCAAGCGUUAUCCAAUGGUUCCUAAAUGGAGAAUUGAACUACUGGAUGCACAGCUACCCAUAAAUUCUGUAUCUAUAGUCUUUAGUGCUGUGCCUUGUAGAUCUGAAAAUAAAUAAAUGAAAAUUAACCUUUAAUAAAUGUGCUUGGAAUUUUUCUUGCAUAGUACAUAGAUGAAUUGCUUUUCCCUAUGAAGUGGCAAAGUUCUAUUCAUAGAAACAGGUAUAUUUUAACUUUAUCAAUACUCUUUAAUCAAGAAAAGGAAUGGUGUCAGAUUCACCUAUCUAAAAUGAACCUUUUUACAACUUUCCCUGAUGCCCUCCAUAUCUUAGAACUCAAUUGUAUGGUACAAUUCCCAAUUUUGUUUUAACAUUUUAUUAAUUAGUUUGUCCGUUCCAUAUUAAUGCAGAUCAAGAUGAGGGCCAAUGCUAAGCAGUAUUUGCUUGGAAAUUCUGAUAAUAGGCCUGUAGAAGACUGGUUUGAGGACAACAUUAAGUGCACUUCAGGGUGAAUGAGCUAUGACCUUUUGUUUUAUGCCAGAAUUGAAGAAUAUUUCUUGUGCUAAGCAAAUUUGUGCAAUGUCCCUGGAGCUUCACUAAAUAGUGUGUUGUGCUAAGCUGAUAAAUUAAAAAAUUAAUGAGGAAAUAUCUCAAGUUCUUUCCAAUUCCGAUUUAUCGUAUCCCUUUUGUUUUGACCAAAAGCUUGCUAUUCACUUAUUAGCGUAUUACAAUUUGCUUUUUAGUGCAUAAGCAUCCAAGGAAAAGCAGAUGUCUGUGAAGUGAUAGACUUUUUCCUGUAUUGUAAAAAUGUGUGCAUAAAACUAUUUAAUGCUAUGCCAUAUUUUAGCUGUUAAUUGUUCACUUAAUAUCGGUGUUGAUAGUUUUAUUUAUUUUUUUAUUUUAGUUCUCUGUCCUACUUAAGAGACUCGCUUGGACGAACGCACGUGUCCUGCUUUGGGAUGACAUUUCCUGUUUUCAAUAAGAUGCAAUUUCAUGGAUCCAUUAGAAAUCCUCUGCUUACAGACCGUGUAGCUGAAAACCUGUUCAUAAACAUCCCAUCUCUUUUAGGAAAACAAAAAAACAACAAAAAAAUAUAAUUGGUACUUUGAGCAUGGUGAUAAACUUACUCAGCUGUUUCAGGUGUCUGUGAUUGCAAAGUAUUAUGUGACAUGCUACCAUUGUUGGAUGUGGAAUGCAUGCAUUGCUUGCUGUGAGCAGGUAUGUGCAUGGAAUUCUUCAGCGCCUUCAGAUUUAACCAUGUAAGUGCUAGCUAUGUUCACAAUACAUUGCACAGCACUGAAAAGGUUAAUGUAAUAUUUGAGUUUAGAACAAAUGUAUAGUUUUAACCUGUUUUUAUGCGUUGAAAUCUAUUUUUACAGUAAAUUUAAGUGGGGAAAACCCACACUAAUCCUUUAACUGUUUCAAGAAGAGGAAAUAUUUCAUACAGAUAUUAAUCACUCAGUAAUACUGUUGACCGCAAUGUAUAAAGGGAUCAAAUGCUAAUUGCACUGAUGUUUUAUUUAAAAAAAAAAAAAAAGUGUACAAAUAUUCCGAUUUAUAAUCACUACAGAAAGAACGAAAGCAUUAAUCUGGUGUUCUGUCAUUUUGACAGGAAUUAGCUUGUUACCUGUUUUACCUGGUUAUUUUCAGAGAUAUUGGGGGUGUAUUUACAAAGCAGUGAAAUGUUUACAGAAUUGCAAAAAUUCAGCUAAGAGUUCAGUUGUGUAUAUAUUUAUUUUUUCAAAUAUUUUUUUCAACUUGGCUAGCUUAGCUGAAUUUUGCAAAUUUGUUGUCAGCUCAACACAUCUCACUGUUUUUAUUAAGAAAUCCCUAAAGGUGUGCAGAUGUUUUGCAACAUGUGCUAAUGUGUUUUAAAAGUGCAAUCCUGUUCUCUCAUGUUGCCACUCAUGUGCUUUUGGUUCAACGGGACGGUGGGAGCUGACGUAAACGCAUUAGUGGUCACUUAUUGCCAAAUGUCCUGAAGGAUUAAUCCGCUAAAAGCAAGGCAAAAGCGCUUUUGAACUGCCUAAAUUGGAUUACAGCCUAAUUGCCCUUAAUUGAUAAAAUGGUUUGCAAAACGACAAUGAUUUAUAUUGACUUCAUUACAUACAUGACACCUAGUGGAAAUAUUUAUCUUUUAAGUAUAUAUUUGUGUAUUUUUGUUUUCUUUCAUUUACAGUGUUAUUUGACAUGACUACGUGUUCUGACAACAUGCCUUGUUAGCUAGGAUAAAGGACAGGUACUUCAUCUCUUGGUAAAGCCUUUCAGUGAUGAACAGCUGAAAGCUGAAUCCUUUGAAGUUAAAGGGAAUAAUUAGAUUGGUCUCUGAGCCAUUUAACCCUUCAGGUGCGUUGGUGAUGUCCAAUGUCUGGUAUAAAGUUGCGUUGCUCACCCCCUCUAGCUCUGAAAGGUUUUAUAUUAAACACUCUGUCUUGCAUUACUAUGCUUCUAAAUGAUAAAGCAAUUAACCAAUGCAGUAGACUCAAUUUUAUCAAAUUUGAAUUGGCUUAGCAGCACUUUAAUGGCUUCUGAAAACAAUACUUAUGCCAUGGGUCUCUAGUACUGUGUCUAGUCAGUGUUGUUGCAUUUUACAGACCGUUCGUUAGGGGUUUUUUUUUUUUUUCUUACAGCUAAUUUUUGCACAUUAAAGGAUGGUGUUCUGUGAGCACAGAUAGGAGUUGACAAUAUUUGGAUGGGUUGUAUGUUUUUAAAGAGUGGUAGAAAGCUUUAAAAGUAACAGAACUAGCCACAUACAAAUCCAUAAAGAGAAUAAAUCAUGCUCUCGCACUGGCCAUUUUCUAUGAGUCCGAAUCCAAGUAUCAUAUAGAGCAGUUUAUAAAUACUGUGCACUUGGGUUCUACUUUGUAGACCUGUAUGGGUAAACAUAUGCUCUGUGGCCCUUUCUUAAGCCUAGAAAUCUCCAAAGGGUCUUUUUUGUUUGUUUUUGUUUUUUAAUUGUAGAUUACCUGUUCAAACUGUUAGCCUUCCUUCAAGUGAUAUAUUUCAGCAUGUUGGAUGAGAAUAAUCGCAAUCUGCUUUCAUAUUUCAUUAUAUCUCCUUCUCUGAUAAAGAUAUGGGGAAAUAUAUUUAAAAUAAAUCUGUAAAUGUUCUUUGCAGCUAUUCUUCAAUAAGUAUAUUACUUUGCACUUAAAAUGGAUUGGCGCAUUACAAAUAUUCAGCUAGAACUUUACUCAGCUAGCCCUUUGAAUAUCUACAGGUGGGAGCAAAGCUCUCUGACACCCGGGUAAUAAGACUGGUUUUGAGAGUGAGUUUGGUGUUAACAUUUGAUCUGUCUCUAUUUUGUCAUUCUGUAACAGCACAUCUGACUUCUCUCUAUUCACUUGUAACAAGCUGCAAAAGACGCUCCUCCAAAAUGCAAUGUUUGGGGCUUUUGUUAUACACAGGCAGACUCCUGGAUGUUUUCUAGUCAAAUUAUGUUUUCCACAAAUAAAUUCUUUUAAUUGAAGAGACUUCUUUCAAUUUAGUUUUUAUCCAUGAAAUUAAAUGUGCAAGUGUGUGUUUACUGCUAUUGUAUUAACCAUAUGUAAAAAAAAAAAAAAAAAAAGUCUAUUUGGUUCCAUUUUGUAGUGUACAUUAAAUACAAUGCAAAAGAAAAAAUACAAACCACACACUAGUGGUAUCCCAGUAUAGAAUUGUAAUGUGAUUCAUAUGUAAUAUAAACUGUGAACUUAAUUCUUUAGACCUGAUUUCAUGCGCAGGGGGAAUAUUUCAAUAUGUUUGUUUAACUAUGAAUCCUCUGUUAUAUGCAUAGAAUGAAAAGUGGUAGAACAGCAUUCAGCUAAACGCUUGCUCAGAAUUUUUUGCAUUUAAUGGUUUUGUGGGUUGUGUUAAAAGUCCAGUAUAGUAUAUACACCUACAGUAUGCUGAAUUUUACCAAAUUUUAUCUUUUGGUUUUUCUUUUUCUUGAAAGAAAGAAAAGGGUUUUGCCAAACCACUAAAACACACGUGACCUUUUACUGCUAGAGAUUCUAAUGCCUUAUGAUAAGAAGACCCUUUCCAUAUCUUGGUACUAGAUUAAAGGCAAGUUUAGUGGUUUUAUAAGACAGACUCUGCCCAUAAUGGAAUAUGAAGAAUAGACCAAAUAUUCAACUUUCUAUUAAAGUUCAUUGAGGAGAGAAAACCUGAAUAGCUUGCUGCUCUUUUAUAAUCUGUAGCACAGCCCUGCUUUAGUUUUAAUAGCCAUUCUCUCAAAGAAUAAUGCAAUCUGAAAUGAUGGUUUGGAACAGAUCAGCAGAUUGCUAUUAUAGCUUCUAGGAAGCAAAUCCAUUUUGUAUUUUUUUUUUUUUUUUUUUUGAAUGGUGUGAUCUUGCAUUUGUAGAGGCACUGCUUUGUAUUAAAGCAAGUUACCCACCUGGCUUUUUGACAUCUACAAUUUUUACACUAAUCUCCUGUAACACAUACUAUGUCCCUGAGUUUCAGUUGAAAAGAAGAAAAUUGUUCACAGCAGGUAAAGAUGAAAUAUACUCCAGUUCUUCGAGCUUGCAUCUGCUUUUUAUUUUUAUUUUUUUUAUAUUUUUUUUAAUAAUGUUUCUGUAUAAUUGUUUCCUUUAACCAUUCUUCGAAGCAGAUACCUAUUACAGGUAACCCAAUUCUUGUGUUCUAGUUCGCAUCAUGGGUAAUGCCACCAGAAGAGAAAUGUUAAACACUAAUCCGUGUUCUGCUGAAUCUUUCUAUAGUGAAAACAAGUUAAAGCACUUAAUGGAGAAAAAAUGCUUCACAUAACUGUAAUUCUCAAUCUGAAACUUAUUGAACUAAAGGGAUUUUUAACUGUUAACUGAUUUUAGGAUAUGCAAGUAUUAAGCAGUAAACUACCAAACAGCGCUGAUAAAACCAAUGUAUCCAUGGCAUGUGGGAAAACAAUGCAGUGCUUUUGAUUUUAACAUCUUUUAAACUUCCUCUAACUGUACAGCAGUUAUCCAUUUCCAUUAUAAUAUAUGCUGCAGCUCUUCAAAUAUACACAUGCACAUUUAGUAAUAAACUGCUUUUCCCCUUUAAAGUCCUCUGAUUAUUUCAACAAGUAUUGAUUUGUCUGUGUACCGGAAAAUGAUGCAUUGUUGGUAAUCCAAUAUCAUACACCUUGGCCUUCAAAUAUAUGGUGUAUAUAUAUACAACAGCAUAUAUUUAAACUGAUAAGUUUCACUUUGUGCUGCCGUGCUGUUUAACUUCUUUUGGUUGUGCGGUUUUGUGUUUUCUUGUAUUUGCAAGUUUGCCAGCUUUGGUUCAACCUCAAAGUCAAAUGUAAUGCUUUAUAAUUUAGAGGCUUAUCCACUCAGCCAUAUGUUUUAGUUUAUUGAAUCUUAAUUGUACCCAUUCUUAAGGAUAGAUUUGGUACUUACCACCUUUUGUUGGUUGGGGGGAAGGAGGGGUCUCCAAACCUUGUUUUGGGGCUGCUACACUGCUUAGUGAAGGGGUGCCCAAAAGGUAGAUCACCAGAUGUUGUUGUAGAACUACAACUUCCAUGAGGCUUUUCAUGCCUUUUAGAAUGAAAAAGAAUGAUGGAACCUGUAGUUUUAAAACGUCUAUGGAUCUACCUUUUUGACACCCCUGGCUUGGACCUAUCAUGGUCUGCAGAUACUUCCAGCUCUCUAAAAGGUGCUCAAACCUUGAUAAUUUGCUGUUUAACUUGUGUUAACAAAACCCCUGGAAUAAGUGAAUAAACCUAUUCAGUGUUCUCUAUCUCCAUAAUGUUUAAAGUAAUCUGUGUUAAUAUGAAUAUGUUGCUUUAAGAUAUGUUUUUGUUCUUGUUUUGUAACUUUGUUUAUAUUUUUAAUUCUUGUUUUGUUUUUACCAGCGUGCAAAGCCAAACCCAAAUAAACCCUGAUGUAAUGCAGAACCAACAUGGUUUUUGUGGUUUGAUUUUAUUUUUGUGUGCAUGUCUGCUAUGGCUGCCAAAAUAUUACCACUGGAGCCUCACUGAAUCUUCUUGGCCUGUGCAUUUAAUAAAUUAUGGAUUUUAGAACGUUUUGAUUGUAAUGAG